AGCAAGCUCCACAUGGAGGGUUUCCGCAGCCUGAAGGAGGGCGAAGCCGUCGAGUUCACCUUCAAGAAGUCAUCCAAAGGUUUGGAGUCCAUCCGGGUGACCGGCCCGGGGGGCGUCUUCUGCAUCGGCAGCGAGAGGAGACCCAAGGGCAAGAGCCUCCAGAAACGCAGAUCGAAAGGAGACCGAUGCUACAACUUUUUUUUCCACCAUGCCAAAGAGUGCAAGCUGCCGCCGCAGCCCAAGAAAUGCCACUUCUGCCAGAGCAUCAGCCACAUGGUCGCCAACUGCCCCGCGAAACAGCAGUCCCCCAGCUCCCAGGGCAAGCCCGCCUACUUCCGAGAGGAGGAGGACAUGCACAGCUCGGCCCUCCUCCCCGAAACCCGGGAAUGA